AUGGCGGCGGCCGACGACCGGCGGUGGCCGACGACCGGCGGCGGCGGCGGCUGGCGACCGACGGCAGCGGCCGCCGACCGACGGCAGCGGCCGCCGACCGACGGCAGCGGCCGCCGACCAGGGCGGCGAUCGGUGGCAACGGCGGCGACGACCGGCGGCCGGCAACCGACGGCGGAGGCGGCGACCGGCGACCGUGGCCGGCGGCGGCGGCGGGCGACCGUCGGCGGCGGCCGGCGACCGGCGGGGCGGCCGGCGACCGGCGACCGGCGGGGCGGCCGGCGGCGGCCUCUACCAAUGGUCGCCACACCUCUACCGGAGCUUACGACAACUAACGGUCGACGCCGUUGGCCUCCUCCGCCGGCAACCACCAUCGGCAACCGCCGACGAUCGCCGGCGGGGGCCGACGGUGGUUAUCGGCGACGAUCGAUGACGGUGGUCGGCGGCGACGAUCGCCGAAGGUGGUCGCCGGUGGCGAUCGCCACCGCCGACGGUCGGCGGGCGACGACCUGUGGUGGUCGCCGACAGCGGUGGCGGUCGGUGGGCGACGACCGGCGUUGGUCGCCGACGGCGGUGGCGGUCGCAGGCGACCGGCCGGCGGUGGUCGCCGGCGGCUGGCGGCGACCGGCCGGCGGUGGUCGCCGGCGCCCGGCGGUGGUCGCCGGCGCCCGGCGGUGGUCGCCGGCGCCCGGCGGUGGUCGCCGGCGCCCGGCGGUGGUCGCCGGCGCCCGGCGGUGGUCGCCGGCGCCCGGCGGUGGUCGCCGGCGCCCGGCGACGACCGGUAGGCGGGGCCGACGGCGGUGGGCAGCGGCAGCCAACGACAGUGGAUGGCGGCCACAGUGGACUAGGGGUAUAUUCGACAUUUAA